AUGGCGCUCUACGGAUCCUCGCGCCACGUUGAUAUGGGAAAGCAGGAGUCAGAGCUAGCAAUCAACAUUCGCAAGGCAACAAGCAUCGAUGAGACCGCCCCAAAGAGAAAACAUGUUCGAAGCUGCAUUGUGUACACGUGGGAUCACAAGUCCUCGGCGUCGUUUUGGGCGGGCAUGAAGGUCCAACCUAUUCUCGCCGACGAAGUCCAGACCUUCAAAGCUCUCAUCACCAUCCACAAAGUCCUUCAGGAGGGCCACCCCAUCGCUCUCAAGGAGGCGCAAGCGAACGUGAACUGGCUGGAGAGCUUGAAUAGAGGAGUUGCAGCUGGAGAGGGCCUACGAGGCUAUGGACCGCUCAUCUCGGAGUACAUAUACUUCCUCCUCGCCAAGCUCGCAUUUCACCGCCAGCAUCCGGAGUUCAAUGGAACUUUCGAAUACGAAGAGUAUAUAAGUCUGAAGUCAAUCAACGACCCAAAUGAAGGUUAUGAGACUAUCUCCGACCUGAUGACUCUCCAAGACCAGAUUGACACUUUCCAGAAGCUGAUCUUCUCCCACUUCCGCAGCGGCGCGAACAAUGAGUGCAGAAUCUCUGCCCUGGUAGGACUAGUACAAGAGAGCUACGGGAUAUAUAAGUUCAUAACGAGCAUGUUGAGAGCCAUGCAUACAACUCUCGGUGACGACGAAGCGCUGUCACCUCUCCGUGGUCGUUAUGAUGCGCAGCAUUACCGUCUAGUCAAGUUCUACUACGAAUGCUCAAACCUUCGAUAUCUAACUAGCUUGAUAACGGUACCCAAACUGCCACAAGACCCGCCAAACCUACUAUCCGAGGACGAGAAUGCGCCGGCCUUGCCUGUACGUCCGAGGAAGGAAGUAGAGGCACCUAUGCGGACGCCUCCAAGGGUUGCAUCGGUGGAUCCAGAGCCAAUCAACGAGUUCUGGAAGAACGAGCAGAAGCGCCAACAGGACGAAUACGCAGAAGAGCAGCGCAGACUCCAGGAGCAAUGGGAGGCUGCACAGAUGCAGCAACAACAGCAAGCACUACAGGCGCAGCGAGAUUUCGAAGAACAGCAACGGUUGCAAGCUGAGCAGCAGCGACUCGCCCAGGAGCAACUGAUGCGCGAGCAGUACCAGCAACAGACCCAGGGCCGCCUUGCUGAGCUAGAGAGAGAAAACCUGAACGCUCGUGCACAAUACGAGCGCGAUCAGCUGAUGCUGCAGCAGUACGAUGGAAGAAUGAAGGCUCUAGAGGCCGAAUUAGCCAACCUGAACGCGAACUUCUCUCAACAAUCCCAAUCCAGAGACGAUCAGAUCAGAGCAUUGCAAGAACAAUUGAACACAUGGCGUACGAAAUACGAGGCAUUAGCCAAACUAUACUCGCAGCUACGACAUGAGCAUCUCCAACUGCUUCAGAAGUUCAAGUCUGUGCAAUUGAAGGCCAACUCUGCGCAAGAAGCGAUGGACGCCCGCGAGAAACUUGCCCGCGAACUCAAGACGAAGAAUCUAGAGCUUGCAGACAUGAUCCGCGAACGAGACCGAGCCCUCCUUGAAAAAGACAGGUUUACUGGUGGUCACAAGGAAGAGCUAGAAAAGUUGAAGCGCGAGCUUCGCUUUGCUUUGGAGAAGGCCGACAAUGCGGAACGUGGUAAGGGUACUGAGCUUUCUGCGAUGCUGUCCAGACACAACCGAGAGAUUGCAGAUCUCGAGGAGGCGCUCAGGAACAAGACCCGUGCUUUAGAUGAGGUGCACAUGAAGUAUCGCGAUGGUGACAUUGACCUGGAGAGGUCGUUGCGGGAGAAGGAAGACGAGUUGGAGAUCUUCAAAGCCGGCAUGGAUCAAACACUUCUCGAGUUGAACGAGCUCAAGCUAUCUCAACACGCGAAUGACAAUGCCAUGGAUGGGCAGCUGGACAGCUUCCUUCUAGACAACAUCCAGAAGAUCAACGACAUCAUCGACUCGGUCCUCCAAAGCGGAGUACAACGUGUGGACGACUCUUUAUACGAACUCGACUCUUCAAUGCAAGCGGGAAACCAGAAUGCCUCUGGACCAUAUGUAUUGUCGCAGAUUGAGAAGGCUUCCUCGUGUGCUAUGGAAUUCUCAACUGCCUUCAACAAUUUCAUUGCGGACGGACCAAACAGCACCCAUUCCGAGAUCAUUCGAACGGUCAACGCCUUCUCUAGCUCAAUAGCAGAUGUCCUCACCAACACCAAAGGUCUCACGAGGUUCGCAUCAGACGAGAACAAGGCUGAUCAGCUGGUCAAUGCUGCCCGACUCUCAGCUAGCUCAACCGUCAAGUUUUUCCGCAAUCUGCAAUCUGUGCGUCUCUACGAUAUGGAGCCAGAGCAGAAGACCAACGUUGUGCUCAACAACAACAGUGAGGUAUUGGUCAACCUCCAGAAACUAUCCAAAUUGGCGGAUGCGUUCGCACCGAAGAGCAAGAUUACCGCCGGCCAGGGUGACAUUGGCGAGCUGGUCGACAACGAGCUGAUCAAUGCCGCCAAAGCCAUCGAUGCCGCUCCGGAGCGCCUGGCCAAGCUGAUGAAGAAGCCGAGAGACCAAUACUCGACGUACGAGCUGAAGAUCCACGACUCCAUCCUCGCCGCCGCCAUCGCCGUCCUAAACGCCAUCGCCCAGCUCAUCAAAGCCGCCACCGCCUCGCAGCAAGAAAUCGUCCGCGAAGGCCGCGGCACCAUGACCAAGACGGCCUUCUACAAGAAGCACAACCGCUGGACCGAGGGCCUCAUCAGCGCCGCGAAAGCAGUCGCCUCGUCGACCAACAUGCUCACUGAGACCGCCGACGGCGUCAUCAGCGGCCGCAACUCGCCCGAGCAGCUCAUCGUCGCGUCCAACGACGUCGCCGCCUCGACCGCGCAGCUCGUCGCCGCCUCCCGCGUCAAAGCGUCCUUUAUGAGCAAGUCCCAGGACCGCCUCGAGGGCGCGAGCAAGGCUGUUACCAGCGCGUGUAGGAGCUUAGUUAGGCAGGUGCAGGAUAUCAUUGCGCAGCGGAAUAGGGAUGAGGGGGAGGUGCAAGAUUAUACGAAGCUGAGCGACCACGAGUUUAAGGUCAGGCAGAUGGAACAGCAGGUCGAGAUUCUGCAGCUGGAGAACAAUCUUGCGCAGGCGAGGCAGCGGCUGGGCGAGAUGCGGAAGUUGUCGUAUUUGGAGGAGUGA